CAAGCGCCGCCGAGGCCCCUGGCCCCAGACCCCGGCGGCAGCCCGGACGGCUGGGCGAGGGCUGGCAGCCUGAGCACUUUCUGCAGCCCCGCUCCUGGCCUUUAAGGGCCUCGACAGCCCAAGCGCCCAACUUUUUCCACCCCUCCCCCCCUCCCCUAAAACUCCAACAACAAAGAAAAGUAGUCGGCGGAGGGGUGGCGACGCCGGGUCGCCAGUUCCCCCUCUCCGAGGAAGACCGAAUACAGUUAUGGCUACCCAGGUGAUGGGGCAGUCUUCUGGAGGAGGAGGGCUGUUCACUGGCAGUGGCAACAUUGGCAUGGCCUUGCCCAACGACAUGUAUGACUUGCAUGACCUCUCCAAAGCUGAACUGGCUGCUCCUCAGCUUAUCAUGCUAGCAAACGUGGCCUUAACUGGGGAAGUGAAUGGCAGCUGCUGUGAUUACCUGGUUGGUGAAGAAAGACAGAUGGCAGAAUUGAUGCCUGUUGGGGAUAACAACUUUUCAGAUAGUGAUGGAGAAGGACUUGAGGAAUCUCCCGAAAUAAAAGGUGAACCUAAUGGACUCGAAAACAUGGAACUGAGAAGUUUGGAAGCCAGUGUUGUAGAACCACAGCCUGUAUUUGAGGCAUCAGCUGCUCCAGAAAUUUACAGCUCAAAUAAAGAUCUUCCUAAUGAAACACCUGGAGCAGAGGACAAAUGCAAGAACUUGAAGACCAAACCCUUUCGCUGUAAGCCAUGCCAAUAUGAAGCAGAAUCUGAAGAACAAUUUGUGCAUCAUAUCAGAGUUCAUAGUGCCAAGAAGUUUUUUGUGGAAGAAAGUGCAGAGAAGCAAGCCAAAGCCAGAGAAUCUGGCUCUUCCACUGCUGAAGAGGGAGAUUUCUCUAAGGGCCCCAUUCGCUGUGACCGCUGUGGCUACAAUACCAAUAGAUAUGAUCACUAUACUGCGCACCUGAAACACCACACAAGAGCUGGAGAUAACGAGCGAGUCUACAAGUGCAUCAUUUGCACUUACACAACAGUAAGCGAGUAUCACUGGAGGAAACACUUAAGAAACCAUUUUCCAAGGAAAGUAUACACAUGUGGUAAAUGCAACUAUUUUUCAGACAGAAAAAACAAUUACGUUCAGCACGUUCGAACUCAUACAGGAGAACGCCCAUAUAAAUGUGAACUUUGUCCUUAUUCAAGUUCUCAGAAGACUCAUCUAACUAGACAUAUGCGUACUCAUUCAGGUGAGAAGCCAUUUAAAUGUGAUCAAUGCAGUUAUGUGGCCUCUAAUCAACAUGAAGUAACUCGCCAUGCAAGACAGGUUCACAAUGGGCCUAAACCUCUUAAUUGCCCCCACUGUGACUACAAAACAGCAGAUAGAAGCAACUUCAAAAAACAUGUAGAGCUACAUGUGAACCCACGGCAGUUUAAUUGCCCUGUAUGCGACUAUGCAGCUUCCAAAAAGUGUAAUCUACAGUAUCAUUUCAAAUCUAAGCAUCCUACUUGUCCUAAUAAAACAAUGGAUGUGUCAAAAGUGAAAUUAAAGAAAACCAAAAAGCGAGAGGCUGACUUACUUGAUAACAGUACUACCAAUGAAAAAACAGAAACAGAGCAAACGAAAAUAAAAGGGGAUGUAGCUGGAAAGAAAAAUGAGAAGUCUGUAAAAGUGGAGAAAAAAGAUAAUGUUUCAAAAGAGAAAAAACCUUGUAGCAAUGUUUCAAUGAUUCAGGUCACUACCAGAACUCGCAAGUCAGCAACAGAAGCUAAAGACAUGGAUGUGCAUACAAGAAAUAAUUCAGAAAAAUCCUGUAAAGCCAAGAAAAGCAAAAGGAAGAUGGAAAUUGAAGCCCAUUCCAAGCAUGAUCCUGUGAAUGAUGAGGAAUCUAUGACAAAAAAGAAAAGGAAGAUAGAAGGUAAAUCCAAAAAUAGUCAGGAAGUACCAAAGGGUGAUAACAAAGUGGAGGAGAAUAAAAAACAAAAUACCUGCGUGAAAAAAAAUACAAAGAAGAAAACCCUAAAAAAUAAACAAAGUAAAAAAAGCAGCAAGCCUUCUCAGAAAGACACCUCUCAGAAGGAACCUGUUCAAAAGGAGACUAGUCAGAAGGGGCCUGUUCAAGAUGUUCAGAAGGGGCCCCUGCAGAUAGAGUUGCCUCUACCCAUGGAACCUGUUCAGGUAGAGCCUGCUCACAUGGAGGUGGUUCAGAAGGGGCCUGUUCAAGUAGAGCCUGCUCACAUGGAGGUGGUUCAGAAGGGGCUUGUUCAAGUACAGCCUGCUCAGGUGGAAGUGGUUCACCAGGAGUCUGCUCACAUGGAGCUGAUCCCUCCUAUGGAGACUGUCCACAUGGAGGAGGUUGUUCACAAGGGGCCUUCUCACGUGGAGCUGCCCCCUCCUGUGGAGUCUGCUCGUAUGGAAGAGGUUCAGAAGGAGCCUGCUGAGAUGGAGCUGCCCUCUCCUAUGGAAUCUCCUCUUACAGAGGAUGUUCAGAAGGGGCCUCUGCAGAUAGAGUUGCCUCUACCCAUGGAACCUGUUCAGAUGGGGCCUGUUAACAUGGAGUCUGUUCAGAUGGAAGUUGUUCAGAAGGAGCCUGCUCAGAUGGAGCUGUCUCCUCCCAUAGAUCCUCCUCUUCACAAUGAGCCAAUUCCCAAAAAGACUUCUCCCCGAAAAGAUAACAGAAAGGAAAGGUCCAAUAUGCAGAGUGAAAUGACACGUAAGGAGCAAGUCCUUAUUGAAGUAGGCUUAGUGCCUGUUAAAGAUAGCCAGAUUCUAAAGGAAAAUAAAAGCACACAGGAACUUUUGGCAUCAUCAACACCACUGCCAAAGGAAGACUUAAGAGAGGAGGAGUCAGAAGACCAAAAAUUACUCUCAGAAGGUGAAGGAAACAAAGAAGACCCUUUUCUGAAAGUAGGAACAGAAGAAGCAGAGAAGAGUGUAGCCGAUUCCUGUACCAAGGAAUCUAGUACUAGUGUUUCAUCUUCUGGACAAAAGUUGAAUAUGCCAGGGGGUGAAACUUUAGCUGAUAAGCAUCAGACUGACUCAGCUAUGCUUUGUGAAGUGGAAAUGGAUACUGAUCAUAACCCAGCAGAGAAUCUCCCUGAUAAAGACUCAGCAGUUGGAGAACCAGUUUCACCAUUGCUUCUUCCCCCACCAAUAGGCGAACAUGAAGCAGUGUCCCAAACUGUGCUGGCUUCACCUCCUGUUACUGUGGCAGUAAAUGAGUCUCAGGAAAUUGAUGAAGAUGAAGGUAUCCACAGUCAUGACGGAAGUGACCUAAGUGACAACAUGUCAGAGGGUAGUGAUGAUUCUGGAUUGCAUGGGGCUCGUCCAGUUCCACAAGAAGCUAGUACAAAAGAUGCAAAAGAAGCCUUGGCAGGCAAAGGGACUGAGGGAGAUUUUGUUUGCAUCUUCUGUGAUCGUUCUUUUAGGAAAGAAAAAGAUUACAGCAAACACCUCAAUCGCCAUUUGGUUAAUGUGUAUUUCCUUGAAAAAGCAGCUAAAGGGCAGGAGUAAUUAAAGAUUGGGACAAGGUUCCAGUUCUUGGUUUGUAAGAGCUAUUAAUUUUUAUAUUCAUUUAUAAUAGUAGAAAAACCUUUUAAGAUUGCUUUAAUUAGUGUCGAGUAUUGAUUUUUAAGAGGCAUCCUUUUCCUUAGGACUUCAUAUAUACCUGUUGAUUGUUGUAUAAAUUUUAGCAAAUCCAAGGGAGUUUAGUGUACUAAAAAAAACAGCAGAUACCUAAAUCUAUUUAGCUUAUAUGUUCAAUUGAAAUGAGAAGGCCAUGAUGAUAUAAUAGCAUUCUGUUGCUUUGUCCAUUUACAACUUGACAUUGUUUUCCUCCGUGUCUGUCUUCUAUCACUUUAGUUUACUUUUCCUUUUUUAUUUAGCUCUAUAAAAAUUGGCUUAAUAGCAAAUUACUUGAACAAUUUGCCUGCUUUAUAUAAAGUUAGCACUUUAAGAUUUCUUUAGAGAUGAAAAAAAGACAUUUAAAUUGAAGAAAAAUUAGCCCAACAGUGGACAUUGUAUCAGUCCAGGUAUUUACUUGCUGAGUUUUGAUCAAUAUUUUGUGUUAAUUGUCAUAAAAACAGUGAUUUUGGUGUUUUUUAAAUUUUUUUUUUAUUUUGGUGCUUUAAUGGCUUAAGAUGUUGCACAUUGUUUUUGUUUUUUGUUGUUUUUUUUUAACCUAUGCAGUUAUAUUUUUCUAGAAAUAGCAUUUGUGUUGAGCAGUAACACUUUAUACAUAUAUAUGCAUGUUUAUUUUGGCCUCAUCAGAGGAAUAUUUUUAGGCUUGUUUG